AUGCCUCCCAAGUUCGAUCCCAAUGAGGUCAAGGUCAUCCACCUGAGGGCCACUGGUGGUGAGGUUGGUGCCUCUUCGGCCCUUGCGCCCAAGAUUGGUCCCCUCGGUCUGUCGCCCAAGAAGGUCGGUGAAGAUAUCGCCAAGGCCACUGGUGACUGGAAGGGUCUCCGUGUCACGGUCAGGCUCACCAUCCAGAACCGUCAAGCCGCGGUUUCGGUUGUGCCCUCCGCUUCCUCCCUGGUCAUCAAGGCCCUUAAGGAGCCUCCCAGGGACCGCAAGAAGGAGAAGAACAUCAAGCACACCAAGUCCAUCCCUCUGGACGAGAUCAUCGAGAUCGCCCGCAAGAUGAGGUUCAAGUCCAUGGCCAAAGACCUCAAGGGUACCGUCAAGGAGAUCCUUGGUACCGCUUUCUCCACUGGCUGCCAGGUCGACGGCCGCUCCCCCAAGGAGAUCUCCGACGACAUCGAGGCCGGCGAGAUUGAGAUUCCUGAGGAGUAA